AAGAACCCUGAGCAAAUGAUGGCCGAGAGCAAGCAGAAUCGGGAUGAUGUUCUCACAUGUUCGAUAUGUAUGGAAACAUUCCAGAAACCAGUAAUGCUACCCUGUCAGCACAGUUUUUGUAAAAAAUGCAUUGGUUUGUAUGCUGACAAGUCCAAAUCUGUGCAGAUAGAUGACACCUCCGACAGCAGGGGGAAUGAUGACGCUCAUCUGAUAGCAUGCCCUGUGUGUCGGGCACCAACGAAUCUGGGGAGAGAAGGUGUGGCUGGACUGGCUCCUAACUUUCAUCUGGCAGAAAUGGUGGAGAGGUUCUCUACUGCUGUUAAGGUUGAGGAAGACAUUCCAUAUUGUUCUCUGUGUGAGGAGGACAAUCAUGCUAAAGCUGUCAAGUUUUGCACCAUCUGUGGUGUGUUCUACUGUCAGGAAUGUCUUGCUAUUUGUCACCCAAUGAAGGGGCCCCUGAAACGUCACAAACUGAUUUCGUCCCAGGAAUACCUCUCCCAGGAAACAUCACAGGGUGAAGUCAGCAGGGACCAACAAUCAACUCAGCAGCCGUCAUGUGCUAGACACGGUCAGCCGUUCGUCAUGUACUGUGUACCGUGUCGGAUGGUAAUUUGUCUGGGGUGUGUGGUUGAGCAUCCGGAACAUGCUAUGCGGGAUAUACCAUCAGCUGCUGAGAAUGACAAGCCAGCUGUUUUGAACAAAACUAGUGAAGUGGAGAAAGUGCUACAGGAAACUAAAGAAUCGCUGGCAGGAGUUAUGAGGUUGCACAGCAAGAUACAGGAAAACCAGGAACUUCACACUCAGGAGGUGGAAAGGGCUUAUUGUGCAGCCUUUGAAGCUUUACAAGCAUGGAAACAGCAAUCCUUAGAUGGCAUAAAAACCCGCUAUUCACAGUGGAGCGUGGAGUGUAGCGCCAUACUCAAACAUUUUCAGCUACAGACCCAGGAAAUGGAGAGGAUGGUACACGCUUCCAAAGAUUUGUUAGCGUCAGUGGACGUCGAGUUUUUGCAGGGUUCCACGGACUUCACCAAAACAGUUGAUGACCAGCUGAAUGAUAUAAGAACAGAUCUGGAGAAACAUGAGGUCAGCAAACAGAAGCUUCUAGAUUCUGUACAACAUGACUACGUUGUCCCUAGACAGGUGACUGUAAAAGAGACAGUGCAAGAACGUCAGGACUUAGAAAGAGCUGUCGGUGGACAAAUAUCACCCCUACGUGUUACAAAGCCGACGCUGAGAUUCACAGAGACAGACGGACAGUGAGCUGAGAAUCACUGACAGCGGCUCUGCAGUAAAGGG